AUGAAUGAUGUGCAAGUUGCAUAUAAUUACAGUUAUGUCCCUGUAGAAGCGUAUCUGUAUUUUGUGGAUAAUGGCAGAUUCUCUGUGGAUGGUGUGCUUUCCGAUAAUCUAGUGACUCCAUCAGCAGCUUUUAGUUGUUUUUCUCAUAUUGGGAAAAAACAUUCUCAGUCAGAUGGUAUAGAUACAACAUAUCUGAGGUUUCUUGCAUCAAAUGCUGAAGCUGGUUCAAUUAUUGGAAAGGGUGGAAUCAUAGGAAAGGGUGGAUUGUCCUUCAUUGAAGACUAUGGACCUAACAUUAAGAUCUCCCCUCAGGGUCACAAAUAUAUUGGAUUAAAUAAUAGCCUUGUAACAGUGAAUGGCACCCUACAACAACUGGUGCAAGCUAUUAAUCUGAUUUUAUUCAAAUUAUCUGAAGAUCUCUACUAUCUUCAGUCCGUUGGCCCCCUGUUUUCAUAUGUUGCUGAUUACCUCAAUCAUGCUUUUCAGGGUAAAGAGUACAUCUUGUUGCUAAACUCAGAUAAUUUGGUUGAAGUUGUGGACCCAAGUAUCCUUUUUAAGUUUAUAAUUGAUCCACCAGGAGCAGGAAAAACACAAACAAUUCUUGGGCUUCUUAGUGCCAUAUUACAAACCAACUGA